GGGGGAAAUAGUUAGUGUCGGAUUGGGUUUUCUUGGGCAGCGGGAUUGGUGAAAGGGAAUUCCCCCGCAGGAUCGCUGGGUGGUGCGGCCCGGGAGGGAGGAUUCCUGCAGGAGACUGUGGAAGAAGGGAGAGCAGGACACGAUGAGUGACGGUGACACAAACCCGGCCGCGGUCGCCACGCCUGUGCCCGACAUGUGCGGGGACGGAAGCUGGAUGUCUCUGCACAAUCACUAUGUGGCCAGCAGUAAAGAUAAGGAGCCGGAGGUCGUCUUCAUCGGGGACUCCAACGUUCUGCUGCUGCACCAGCUGGAGAUCUGGCGGGAUCUCUUCUCCCCGCUACACGCCCUGAACUUUGGGGGUCUGGGUGAAGGCACCCAACACGUCCUGUGGAGACUGGAGAACGGGGAGCUGGAGCACAUCAGACCAAAGAUCAUUGUGCUUUGGGUGGGCACAUAUAACAUGGGGCACACGGCUGAGCAGAUUGCUGGUGGAAUUCAAGCCAUUGUGCAGUGCAUGCAGGAGAGGCAACCACAAGCCAAGGUCAUCGUGCUGGGUUUGUUGCCGCGAGGGAAAAACCCCAACCCUCUGCGGGAGAGGAACCGGAGGGUGAACGAGGUGUUAGCCGAAACGCUGCUGUCCACGCCCAACGGGAUCUUUCUCGAUCUGGACCCGGGGUUUGUCCAGUCAGACGGCUCCGUCAGCCACCACGACCUGUUCGACUACCUGCAUCUGAGCCGGCUGGGGUACUCCCGCGUGUGCCCCGCGCUACACAAAACUCUGCUCCAACUGCUGGAGGGCAGGGGCACAGCGCCUCCGCUCUAGCCCCCCAGGCAUAUACCCCAUGUGACGCUCUUCUGGGAAUCGGGACGGGGUAAAGGUUCUGGAACGGACGCCCCCUCCGCGGAAUCAGUUUUCCAAAGAUAGUUAAAGGGAAAUUGAUAGCUUGUCUCCUGCAUUAACCAACUGACCUUCCUCCGGAGCAUUGUUCUCUCUCUUCCUCCAUAUACUGGACAGACGGACCACCUCUGCCCCUCGCUGUAGUCUUUCCUUCGUGUUUUUUUAAAUUUUUUGUACAGUAUUAAUGGGUUUUCCAGUCUUUAAAUAUUGAUGACCUAAUCCCCCGGCCUCAGA